CGCACGCAUGCGUCUCGGAGCGGCGACACUAUUUUACAGGAAGAAAGCAAAACAGGGACAGUUACUGACAAUCAGUAAUAAAUCAACAGUUUAAAUAAUAAAGAGCGCAUGUGACAAACCCGGAAAGAUAAAAGAUCCCCGCUGAUCCACAGAAAAACCGGGUUCCGAUACUGCAGCUCAGCGUCUGUUUUGGGUUUAUUGUUGUUAUUGGGUGUGUGUGUGUGCGUGUUCGGGUGAAACUGAAGCGGUUCCGUCCACAGUCCAGAUGGAUGGAGACGAGGAGAUCCGCUCAGAUGAUGGCAGCGCUACUCCAGUUCAGGACGAGCAGGACGAGGCCAGACCCGGAUCACGACAGUCUGAGGAUGAAGGCAGUGAUAAUGACAGGAGGUCUGAGAACGCAGACAGCAGCUCGGAUCACGAGGCUCGUGGAGGAGGAGACGCGAGCGAUUCAGAGCCCGAGCCGCCGCGGCCUGCAGACAGCGAGGAGGAUGAGGAGGGCAGCUCUCCUGUGAAGCGAAGAGCGAGCACCUCAGACAUGGAGGAGGAGGAGGAGAAGAAGGAGAAAACACACCCUGCCAGCGACUCCGAGCCGGAGGAAACGGAGAAGAGACGCAGCCCCAAAUCAGACGCGGCCAGCGAUUCGGACGAAGACAAACCCAAACAGAAAACUCUGAGAGACUCUGAUGCAGAAGAGGAGGAGGAGGAGGAGGAGGAGGAGGAGGGAGGGAGGAAGCAGAAGGAGAAGGGAAAGUGGAAAGCUGUGAUGAACUCAGACAGUGAUGAAGAGGAGGAGAGACCGAAACAAGAAGCAGGAAGUGAUGAGGAUGAAGGGCCCAAACGACGGGCUCUGGCCAGUGAUGAUGAUGAUGAUGAUGAUGAAGAUGAGAAGCCUGUGAAGAGGAAGAAAGCCGUUCUGUCAGACAGUGAUGAAGAUGAGGAGAAAGAGGUGAAGAAGAGCAGGCUGGUGUCUGAUGGUGAAGACUCCGGCAGUGACGAAGGCUCAGGAGCUCCUGAUAAGAGUUUAGCAGCUAAACUGAAGGAGCUGGGCUCAGACAGCGAGGAUGAGGAGGACACGAUGAAGACGGAUGCAGGGAAGAAGGACGAGAAGACUCUGUUCGGCAGCGACUCCGGCGACGACGAGGAAGAGUCAGUAACGCUCUUCAUCUCUCUCUCUGCCU